GCCUGAAUGGGAAAAAGCACAUCAAGAAAGUCACGUGUGCAACCUCCCCAGAGAAAGCGAGCGAGAGAGAGUUCAGGCUCUGUGUAGAGAGAGUAAAUGAGAGACGAAGGAUGUCGUGGAGCAAAUGAAUGGAGCGAGAUCCUCUUGGAUUGCAACUGUCCACGAGUCACAGUGAUGGAUUCUUUCGACGGAGCAUCCAGUCCUCUUGUCUUAUUAAACCAGCAGAUCAAAUCAGGGUUGUCAUUACAGUGAGAGAAGUGCUGAAGCUAACGAUGGACCAUCGAAGUGAUGGCAACAGUUUUUCGAUGGGCAACAAGCUCCCCGGCACCAUCAAGGCCAAGAUCUCUCUUUGGGAGGGAAAAGAACCUUCCAAGUCCUCCUCUCCGAGCUUGAAGAGAAAAGAGCAGAUUGAGCCCGAAUACGUCACAAAAGACCAGUUAGAAAAAAAAACAUUCAAUGAAGAUACGAGGGCAGUGUUUACGCUUUUUAAGAAGCUGGACGCCAUGGGUUCCAAUCACGGGAAGACCCCGCCGGAGCUUGGGAACUACUUCAGCCCGCCGAACAAGGACAAACAAGCGGAGGGGAAGAGGAAAGACGAUUUGUACGCAGAGUCGGGGUCCCCCCCUGUUAACCCACUCCCCAAACCCAAGCGUACUUUCCAGCACCCCGCUACAAAAGGGCAGCGCAAUCUCCCUCCACUGCCCAAAACUGCCUCGACAACUUUGCCUGGUGCUGACAGGGGACGACAAAACUACCACGACAGGAGAAGACUUGAGCGUGACAUUCCGGCUUCACGACAUUUACUGACUCUGGAGCAUCACUAUGAAGACAUACUUGAGAGAGAGAACCCAUACGAGGAUAUCGAGUUAGAGAGUCAAUGCUCCCAGCAGUCAUCUUUACCUUCUUCUCCGGGCGCUGACACAAGCAAGGCAUCAAGGCCCGGAUUCUUCAGGCAGAAUUCCGCCAGGAGUUUUAAGCUGUUGGACCUGCGUCGGGGUAACCGGCAGAACAGCGGUGUGUUUUCCCCGUCCCAGCUCAGCCCCCCGUCAACCCCGACUGACACCUCGUCGGACCCCUACAGCCGGACCUACCGCAGGAUUCCAACGGUGGUGCUGAGGAUCAACAGUAUCUUUGAGGCUCGGAUCGGGAAAAAACACCUACGGAGGAUUUAUCAUUAUGCUGAAACCAGCUCAGGGAGAGUAACGGACGAAAACAGCGAUUCUGAGAGUGAAUUUGAAGAGCGAGCUAAAGCCCACCAACAGAGGCUGGUCUCGGUGCAGUCCAUACUGAGCCCCCCGAGCCAGAGCAACAAUACCAAAGCCAGAAACUUGGAUAAUAAUCACCACCGGCAGCUUUUGGAGUACUUCUUAGUUGUGUCGCUACAGAAGGCCAAAGCGGGCGGCCAGUAUGUCCCUGAAGUAACACAGCAGUUCCCCCCAAAGCUGGAACGAAACUUUAAAUUCUUGAAGGACACGGAGAAUCAGCUCAAGGUUAUUCCCAAAUUUUGUUUCCCAGAUAUGAACGACUGGGAGCCGGCAGACAGCUACCCAAGUGAGACGUUCUCCUUCGUAUUGACUGGGGAGGAUGGGAGCAGAAGGUUCGGAUACUGCCGCCGUUUACUGCCUACUGGUCGAGGAAAACGUCUACCAGAGGUCUACUGCAUCGUCAGCCGUCUCGGCUGUUUUAAAUUAUUCUCCAAGGUGCUGGAUGAGGUGGAAAGGCGAAGAGCUCUGUCUCCCGCUCUGGUGCAGCCCUUCAUGAGAGCCAUCAUGGAGGCCCAGUUUCCAGCUCCGGGCAGGACCAUCACAGUCAAGACUUUCCUUCCCGGCUCGGGCACGGAGGUAAUGGAACUGUGUCGACCGUCCGACUCGCAUUUGGAGCACGUGGACUUUGAGUGUCUUUUUUCCUGCCUGAGUUUGCGGCUGCUUCUCAGGGUGUUUGCUUCUCUGCUUCUGGAACGCAGGGUCAUCUUUACUGCUGAUAAACUCAGUACCCUGUCCCAGUGCUGCCAUGCGGUAGUGGCGCUUCUCUACCCGUUUGUGUGGCAGCACACCUACAUCCCCGUGCUCCCCUCUGCCAUGCUGGACAUCGUGUGCACCCCCACCCCUUUCAUCGUGGGCCUGCUGUCCGGUUCCUUGCCUCAGCUCACCGAGCUCCCCCUUGAAGAGGUUCUGGUGGUGGAUCUAGGGAAAAGUCGAUUUCUAAAACAGAUGGAUGACGAAGACUCCAUCCUGCCUUCUAAGCUUCAGUCCGCUCUGGAGAAUGUUUUGGAGAGGAGAAAAGAGCUUGCUGGUGGAGGUGACACCAUCAAUGACCACCUGAGCACCGUUGUGUCCGAGGCCUUUGUUCGGUUCUUCGUGGAGCUGGUAGGCCACUAUCCCCUCUUCUUCUUCAACGAACGGGAGGGCGAGGUCUCCACCACGCCGCCGCUUCCUUGCUCCUUCCAGCGGGAGGCCUUCCGGAAGGCCGUCCCAUCCAAGACCACGAGGCGCUUCCUGGAGGUCUUUAUGGAGACGCAGAUGUUCUGCUGGUUCAUCCAAGAGAGGGAGCUUCACGGACCUAGCCUGAGAGGGCUUUUUGAAAUGAGGGUGCAUGAAUAUCUAGACACCAUCCACGAGAGUGAACACCGCAGGGUUAAUAGGUUUCUCAAAGGUUUAGGAAACAGAAUGAGAUUUCUGUCUAAGAAAUAAAGACCCAGGGAAGACUCAAAGCACUUCCAAAAAAAUGAGACUGUCAUAAUAUCCAGCUGCAUCCACUAGGAGGCAGCAGUAAGGUUUUUGUGAUUGGGUACGAGCAGCACAGUUUAAGGCCAACACUCACUGUUCCAAUCUUUAGGUACACCUGCACGUUUCUGAGGAAUGGCAGAAAUUGUCCUGGGUCAAUUUGACCCGGCUUUAACUAUCAAAAAGUGUCUGAAAUGGGAAAAGUAAUCCCAAUAAACAUUAUUUAUAUGUCAUUAUUUUCUUUCCUUACACUUGUUUCCCGGAAUGAGUAAAGACGCCCCUGGGUCAAUUUGACCCACAUCAAGUUGUCUUAUCGAAAUAUGUCAAAAGGGUCAUAUUAAACACUGUU